AAGAUCAAGAGAAAGCGUACGUGGCAGCUGAAGGAAGUGGCUAAUAUUUCAAAGAGUUAAGUUUUCAUGCAAUAUUUCAAACAGAGGUGAGGAUCAUAGAUCACCAGCUAUGGAGAAAGUUAUUAGUUCUCAUGCAUGCAAUUAAUGACUUUUUCCUUUUAGUACUGCUCAGAAAAGGAAUCCGUUUAGUUACUAAAGCCUGAAGUAUCUAUUGAUCACAACGUACACUGCACCUUGUAGUCUCUAUUCAGAAUACUGCCCGGCCUUGUGGUCGUGCAAGGUUGUUGGUUGCUCCCUUGCGCGCGGUGCAUGGUUGCUGCAAAAGAGAUGUUUACAGCUAGCUAGUCAUGGCUCCCUGCUACUCAUGCUGCGGUUUUGGGAUCGAUGGACACUCCUAGUUGUACUACUAUUUAAGCAUUAUUAAUAUAAAUAUUUAUAUAUAUAUAUAUAUAUAUAUAUGUGUGUGUGUGUCUAUAUAUCUAUUCUAUUAUAAUAAGUUAUUAUAUAACUGUUACAGUAACUUUUUUUAUAUAUUUUUCCGUUAAAUUUUGUUGCUUUUUUGUUAAGUCCGUUUGUAUUGUAAUUAAGUCUUUUAAUUUCUUGUUUUAGGAAUACAAUUGUCUUUUUCUACACCUCUCUCACUACUCUCUGAUGUCUGUCUCUCUACAUAUCCCUCUCAAACCCAACCUCUCACACGUUUCCCUUUCAUAAUAUUUGUCUAUAUUAUUCUAAUGUAUCUUGAUUUUAAUUUUGAACUAAUCUAUUUGUUUUCUAAUGUAUCUAAAUAUGUAAUUAUUAUACUCACGGACCUAUCAUUAUCCAAAGAUAUUAGCAAACUUUUUUUUUCUCUAUGCAUUAAAUUAUUCAUUAAUCAAGUUUUUAAAAAAAAAAACCAUAUUAUUUUUGUAAAAAAAUCUGUUUACCUAGUAAAAAAUCUGAUAUAUAUACACAGACAUACUGAUCGGUUCUUGGAACUUUGAAUAAAAGCUUUAAUUUUGAAGUUGUUCUUGUCUUCCAGAGAAGAUACUUUUGGAAAGUGCAUGAAUAAAUGUAUACAUAGUUUAUAAAUGUUUCUUUUUAAAAUAUUUUUAAAAUUAGGAAGUUAAUUUUUUUUUGAGCCAUUAGGAAGUUAAUUUGAUAAUUUAUAAGGAUAUAUACAAUUAAAACCAACACGAAAUUAAUUAACGCUCCUAUUGUAUAGGAGGGCCGUUAAUUAAUUAAAGUUUUCUUCUAUAUAAGACUUUGUUGAGGGGGACCGGUCUCGGUAGAAUUUAAAAAGCAAUAUACAUAAAGCGUGUCGGUAGAAUUUGUGGGGACCGGUCUCGGUGGCCCUAGCAUUGCUUAGGAGGAUUUAUUAUCUACUAAUUCUGCCUAGUACUUAAGUACAAAAUCCGCUUUUUAAUUUGGGUGUAUUUUUUUAAGUAUUCCCUUAAAUAAUUUAAAAAAAAAAUUAAAAAUUUAUUAAAAAAUAUUUUCUCAAUUAUUAAGUAAAAAAUAAUAAUAAAUUGAUAAAAAAUGUCGGCCAUCCUCAGUAAGAGUACUAGCAUUUCCAAAUCCUCAUACCUACCUGAAAAUAAUUUUAUUGAUUUAUAUUUUUAAUGCUCCUUAUUUUCUACCUUAGGCCCUUUCCAAUUAAUUGUUCAUCAGGCCAACUCGAAUUCUCUCUAUGUUAGCUUGUUUUAUAAGAGGCAGCCGCAAAGAAAGAUAAGUUAUUUCUGAAGCACAGAUCAGACCCAAAAAAGGCCAGCGAUGGCUUUGCAUGCGGCCAACUUGAAGUCUCUCUUUGUUAGCUUGUUUUAUAAGAGGGAGUUGCAAAGAAAGACAAGUUUUUUCGGAAGCACAGAUCAGACAAGAAAAAGGUCAGCCAUGGCUUUGCAUGGAAAGCUUUUGGAACAACUAAUAGUGCUGCUACAUCUGAUUACUGGGGUCCAGCUAGUUUUAUCAGCACCUCAACCCAAUGAUCCGAGCUGCAACCGCACAUGCGGAAAUGUUAGCAUCCCCUACCCAUUUGGUACAAGCAAGGGCUGCUACCUUGAUCCAUCUUUUCUCAUCAUAUGUAACUACUCUUUCCAGCCCCCAAAACCAUUUCUGGGCGUUGAUCAUAAUAUAGAUGUCCUCAACAUCUCUCCUGAUGAUGGUGAACUUCGAGUCUCAAACUUGGUAUUCCGUCGUUGCAAAUUGUGGCUAGAGUUUGAUAAUCAGCCUAGUCUCCGCCGCAUCUCUACCUUGCUCAACUUGUCGAAAUUUCGCAUCUCAAUUGAGAAGAACAGUAUCUUUUCCGUCGGUUGUAACUUUUUCGCCUACAUAAGUGGCUCGCAUGAACAAGAUUACAAGUUAAUGUCUGGGUGCGUAUCAUUCUGUGGCAACAGUUCCGGUUUGGUUAACGGCUCUUGCUCUGGCGUUGGCUGUUGCCAUUCUGCUAUCCCAGGAAACACAACGAAUUAUAAUUUGAACGUUCAGAGUAUUUACACUAAUGGAUCCAGCAGAACCUCGGGGCAAUCAUGUGGUUUAGGUUUUAUUGGGGAAACAUAGGCAUACAACUUUUCCACCUUAGAUUUUACAAAUUUAACUAACAGGGAGACUGUACCCCUGGUGCUUGAUUGGGCAAUUAAAAAUAAGACAUGCAAAGAUGCUGAGAAAGAUAUGCCAAGCUAUUUAUGCAAAGCAGCCAAUAGUUGUUCGGAA